ACAAAAUAGGAUCUUGGAGGAGUGAAAGAACAUUCCAGCAUUCUUUCCAUAGUGAGCUCCUUUGCCCCUUCCCCAAGCUUCUAGAAUCAUGUUUUAGGCAUCAUAACUCAUAAAUCUUCUUCAAAUCAAAACCCAAAACCUCUCUCAGUAUCGUACCUAGAAGCUAGCAGCUCAAUAUCUCCUUGGCUCCCGUCGUCGAUGGCAACAAGAAGAACCAAGCCCCUUCUUGCCGUCGCCGUAACCGCCGCCAGAACCUCUCGCAGCCGCAACCUACUAUCUCGAUGUCGCUCCGCCUCGGCCUUCCCUCAUGCUCAUGCCACCACUCCUUCAAUCUGUUGGCCUCGUACCAUCGACACUCUCGACGCCGGCAAUGUGGCCUCCGCCAAGUUCCUGUCCCUCUCUUUCACUCGCGGGUUCCAUGCCUCUCGUCCCUCCUUCAGCUCCACAGCAAGCUCUCAGAUAACACAGACAGAGUUCACUGAAAUGGCAUGGGAGGGAAUUGUUGGUGCUGUCGAUGCUGCACGAGAGAGUAAACAGCAAGUGGUGGAAACUGAGCACUUAAUGAAAGCUCUAUUGGAGCAAAAAGAUGGUUUGGCUCGAAGGAUAUUUACCAAGGCCGGAUUGGACAACACAUCUGUUCUACAGGCUACUGAUGAUUUCAUCGCUCAGCAACCAAAGGUUAUGGGUGACACGACAGGUCCUGUUGUGGGUUCACAAUUUGGUUCUCUCUUGGACAAUGCUCGAAAGCACAAGAAAGAAAUGGGUGAUGAAUAUGUAUCUGUGGAGCAUUUUUUGCUGGCCUUUUCUUCAGAUAAGAGAUUUGGGCAACAAUUAUUUAAGAAUCUUCAUCUUAGCGAGAAGGCUUUGAAGGAUGCUGUACAAGCUGUUCGUGGAAGUCAAAGAGUGACUGAUCAAAAUCCCGAGGGAAAAUAUCAAGCACUGGAGAAGUAUGGAAAUGACCUGACUGAACUUGCUAGGCGUGGGAAGCUUGAUCCUGUCAUAGGUCGAGAUGAUGAAAUUCGUCGCUGUAUACAGAUAUUGUCGAGGAGAACAAAAAACAAUCCAGUUAUUAUUGGUGAACCUGGAGUGGGGAAAACUGCAAUUGCUGAAGGAUUAGCUCAACGAAUAGUACGUGGAGAUGUUCCCGAACCCUUGAUGAACCGCAAGUUGAUCUCCCUUGACAUGGGUUCAUUGGUUGCUGGUGCCAAGUUUCGUGGAGAUUUUGAAGAACGGCUGAAAGCUGUCCUUAAGGAAGUUAUUGCAUCGAAUGGACAAAUCAUUUUGUUUAUUGAUGAAAUUCAUACAGUUGUUGGUGCAGGGGCUACUAGUGGUGCAAUGGAUGCUGGAAACUUGUUGAAACCAAUGCUUGGACGAGGUGAACUUCGAUGUAUAGGAGCGACUACGUUGAAUGAAUACAGAAAGUACCUUGAGAAGGAUCCUGCACUUGAGCGUAGAUUUCAACAAGUGUUUUGCAGUCAACCCUCUGUUGAGGAUACAAUAUCCAUUCUUCGUGGGUUGCGUGAGCGGUAUGAGUUGCAUCAUGGAGUCAAAAUAUCAGAUAGUGCGCUUGUUUCAGCAGCAGUUCUUGCAGAUCGAUAUAUCACUGAACGCUUCCUACCUGACAAAGCCAUUGAUCUUGUCGAUGAAGCUGCUGCGAAGCUGAAGAUGGAGAUCACCUCUAAGCCAACAGAAUUGGAUGAGAUAGAUAGAGCAGUCUUGAAAUUGGAGAUGGAAAAACUCUCUCUGAAAAAUGACACUGAUAAAGCAUCUAAAGAAAGAUUGAGCAAGCUUGAACAUGAUUUGAGUUUACUUAAACAGAAACAAAAAGAAUUAACAGAGCAGUGGGACAGUGAAAAGGUUUUAAUGAAUAAGAUAAGAUCAAUCAAAGAGGAGAUUGACCGGGUUAACCUAGAGAUGGAAGCUGCUGAGCGUGAUUAUGAUCUGAACCGUGCUGCUGAGCUUAAGUAUGGAACUCUGAUGUCUCUUCAGCGUCAACUAGAAGAAGCUGAAAACAACCUCACUAACUUUCGGAAGUCUGGACAAUCAUUACUUAGGGAAGAGGUCACUGACCUUGAUAUUACUGAGAUUGUAAGCAAAUGGACUGGUAUACCAUUAUCAAAUCUCCAACAGACAGAGAGAGAAAAAUUGGUCAAGUUGGAGCAGGUUCUUCAUAAGAGGGUAGUUGGUCAGGAUAUUGCUGUAAAAUCUGUGGCUGAUGCAAUUCGUCGUUCAAGGGCUGGGUUGUCUGACCCUAAUCGGCCAAUUGCGAGCUUCAUGUUCAUGGGCCCAACUGGUGUUGGCAAAACCGAGCUUGCCAAGGCUUUGGCUGGUUACUUGUUUAACACAGAAAAUGCUCUUGUUAGAAUUGAUAUGAGUGAGUACAUGGAGAAGCAUGCUGUUUCACGUUUAGUUGGGGCCCCACCUGGUUAUGUUGGUUAUGAAGAGGGUGGUCAGCUAACUGAAGUGGUCCGGAGAAGACCCUACUGCGUGGUCCUAUUUGAUGAAAUAGAGAAGGCACACCAUGAUGUUUUCAAUAUCUUGCUGCAGUUGUUGGAUGAUGGAAGGAUUACCGAUUCUCAAGGACGGACCGUUAGCUUCACGAACUGUGUAGUGAUUAUGACUUCAAAUAUUGGCUCACAUUACAUACUUGAGACCCUCCGUAGUACACAAGACGACAAACUUGCAGUUUAUGAACAGAUGAAAAAACAAGUUGUUGAGCUGGCCAGGCAAACAUUUCGUCCAGAGUUCAUGAAUCGCAUUGAUGAAUAUAUUGUUUUUCAACCUCUGGAUUCCCAACAAAUUAGCAACAUAGUGGAGCUUCAGAUGGAACGAGUGAAGGGCAGACUCAAGCAGAAGAAAAUUGAUCUUCACUUCACAAAAGAAGCUGUGGAGCUUCUUGGGGUAUUGGGUUUUGAUCCAAAUUUCGGGGCAAGACCAGUUAAAAGAGUGAUACAACAACUGGUUGAGAAUGAAAUUGCAAUGGGAGUUCUAAGGGGAGACUUCAAAGAAGAGGACUCGAUCAUUGUUGAUGCUGACAUGUCUCCGUCGGCCAAGGACCGUCCUGGCCUCAAUAGACUGCUUGUUAGGAAGCUUGACAGUCCUGUUGCUGCUGCCAUGGUUGCCAAUGACUAGUGAUUGGAUUCAAAUGGAGGCUUCAUUUAAUCACAGGCGAUAACAUGGUAGUAUAGGUGCACACGGUUCAGCUCUUAUUUUUAUUAUUUUAGAUGUACCCUUUUGUAAUAUGGUUACUCUUUUAAAUGUUCCUGGAAUUAUGGGAUCUUUUUUUUUUUCCCUUCGGCUCCUCCAGGCUCUUCGCCCUCUUCGUCUUUGUAUGCUCAAACAGUCAACACAGACAAACGAGUAGUGAUGAUCAUAUUCUCAAAAAAGCGUGAUGCAAAAGCAAAAGGAAGCAUGCAAAAUUCAUGGUGAUGUGUAAUUAUCCUUUUUAGGAAAUGACGAAUCCAUAAAGUUAUUAUCUUU